AUGUCUCUUUUCAUGGAAACCAGUUGUGACGUACAUAUGCAAUCGGUCUUUAUCACUCAUUCAUUCUCUUCCUCUCUUUGUGUCUCUCUUUUUUUCGCUCUCUAUUUCUUCCUCUCUCUCUUUCUGCACAAUGUUUUUUUUAUUUAUCUACUUCUUUCUCUUUCUAUGUCUCACUUUCUUUCUUCUUUCUUUUGUUCCGUUUUUCUGUUUUUAUUCUUUCUCUCUUUUUUUCUCUUUCUAUAUUUCUCACUCUUUUUCUCCUUUAUUUUCAUUCUUUCUCUGUCCUUCUUGCACUUCCUAUCUCUUUUUUUCUUCUCCAUCUUUCUCGUUUUUGGCCUUUUACGUUUUUCUUUUUCUCCUACGUUCUCUCUUCUUUUUUUUUCUUUCUCCCUUUCUUCCUCUCUUUUUUUUCUCCCCUUCUUUCUCUUGCUGUAUUCAAUUUUAGUCUUUCAUUUUCUUCCAUUCUCACUUUUCUUCUUUGUUUAUUUCUCGGUUUCUUCCUCUUUUAUCGUGUCUCUUUUUUCUUUCUCUCUUUUCUUCCCUUUCCAUAUUUCUCUAUUUUUCUUUCUUUCUCUCUUUCUCUCUCACACACACACAUACAUUAUUGGUAAACAAAAGUUCCAUACUUCUUUUUCCAUAUAA